AGGAAGCUGUGGAGGGCGGAGCUUUAUGCAGCAGUGCACCAAUGAAAGCGGGACAACUACGACUAGCGUGAGUUCCAGCCAAUGAGGGGCGCGUAGGUGGCACGUGAAACACGGAGACUGAGGGGUGAGCGCGGAAGAUGGCUGCCGCCAUGUCGCGGGGAACGGAGCUGUGGAGCUUUUGGACUUUUAUCACCUUCUUCUUCUUGUCGGCUGUCGCGCUGCUGAACUUAGAGGAGCUAAAUGAGAUGAAAUACGGCAUCGAGAUCCUACCGGACCCUGUUAUCCGAGGCCAGGCGCUGUCUGAAGAUGUGCUGGUUGUGUCCUCGAAGUACAAGCAGCUGUACGAAUGCAAGCUGCCUGCCCAGGCAAAGAAGUUUCAGCAGGACUCGUCUGCAGAGGACGACUCCGAUGGCUACUCGGGCCUCGAGAUAUCUGAGCUACUGAAGCCCAUGGAUGGCGCACCCUGUCUGUUUAAGACCAAAGAUUGGUGGACAUACGAGUUCUGCUACGGACAGUUCAUCAGGCAAUAUCACAUGCAAGAUUCAGAAAUUAAAGGGGAUAUCAUCUACCUUGGCUAUUACGGGUCAGAGUUUGACUGGAAUAAUGAAACCGCAAAGGCCUCCAAGCAACACCGACUCAAGCGCUAUCAUAGCCAAACCUAUGUCAACGGAUCAAAGUGCGACCUGAAUGGAAAGCCAAGGGAGACUGAAGUGAGAGAAGCUGAAGGACUGAAGGGAGAGUUUGAUCGGAAGCAGGCCAGCAAGACCCUAAAUACCCCGACAGACAAGGUGGAGGGCACCAGUGAUGAACAGCAUGAAGAAGACGUGAACAGGGCCAGUGCCAGUCAGGCACCUAGACAGCCUGAUGAUGCUGUUGAGCAGCAGCAGGAGGAAGAGGAGGAAGGCCAAAUAAAAAUCAGAAUUACUAAAUUUAAACCAGGCAGCAGCUCAGCUUUGAAAGAUGUGAAGGUGCAGGAAAUGAGCGAUGCUGACCCCCGGAUACAGCAAAUACGAGAUGUGGUGAAAGGGCAGCUAGAGAAAGCCGGCCUGAAGGCGGAAGGUAAAAUCGAGGUGAAAAUCCUGAGCCGAGGAGGGGCUGAUGAUGACGAUGUGCACUGGCUGACCGAGGAAGACACAAAGUCCUUUCGGCUGCUCAUCAAUCUGCUGACGAGUGGCACAGAGGAGGUUUACAAAGAGCAGCAGAGGCAGCAGGAGCUGGAGAACAACUACCAGUUUGUGUGGGGAGAGAAGGCUCAGGAGGAGGCGACGACGGGAGCGUCGAGUAGCACGGACCCCGAUGACGUGGACUUCUGAGACCCCGAGCUGGUGCGGUGCGCUUUUGGUUUUUUUUGUUUUGUUUUUUCCUCUUUUUUUAAAUAAACGUUUCGGAUGCGUCUGCGGAAGUGGCCUGCUGCCAAUCUGAGGCCGCCUUCCGGCUCCCGAGGAGGUCUUACACUGGAUACGUGAGCAGACGACGCUGAGCCACCUCCACGUGAGCCAAAUGUCGACAAUAUUUGCACUUGUUGUGAUUUCCGGAGGGGGCAGCGGCAGAAAUUAAGGAGAAAUUUAGAAGGCCACCUCUUGAAGAACACAGUUGUCUGUGAUGAAUUGAUUUGCCCAAGUGGGCGGACCUGCCAUGCCAAUCACUCACUCGUUGGAUACCCAUACCCUUCGGUUGCUGUGGUCGACGGGCAACUGAGCCAACUCUUGAAACUUUUCAGCUCGUGGUGAAGGAUCCCCCCCUCUGCCAGGCCUGUUGCCGCUCUGUAAAGUUUUGUGAAUGUUUGUGCGGCGCAUGGACUUGUGUACAUAUACCGCCAUCCUCCUCUUCCUCUCACCAGUAGCCUGUGUGCUAACAGAGUCGUGAAUUUGUUAUUUAAAAAGAGAUGGCAGGGGAGGGUGUCUCUAAUAUUUGUCCCCAUCUUCUUCAGUACACAAUUUGGGCUGAGGUGCCACCUGGACUUGAGCUUACCCCAAAAAGGAGCAACGUUGGCACACUUGGCGAGGGCAGUGGCACCGCUUUCAUACAUUCCCGCUAAGUGAAGCUCUUUCACAUAGAAAACCUCUGCAGCAAAAAAAAAAAAAAAAAAGUGUCACAUGGAGUAAAUGAUGGCGAGGCCUUGGCACUGAUUAAAUGGGUCACAUGUCGCCCUUCCAGUCU